AUGGCCUCAAGUUUGACGACUGAUAUUGAAAGUCUAUCUAUAUUAUUCGAUAAACAAACAGAUUUAACUGAAAAAACAGCUGAUGAUCGACCAGAAACUAGCGGUUCGGCAUCUAAUAUUCAAUUACGUCGAUCUCUAACUGUAUCAACUCUUGCACAUUAUUUUGGUCUUCAAUGUGGCGAAUUUCUUCGUUUAUCUCUUAAUUCUCAAAUUGAAUCCAAUAGUCAUGAUACUUUAAAAAGCUUUUUAAUGAAACAUCGUGGAAUUUCGUUUGAAACUGGUAUAAAAUCGUAUCAUUCUCAAUCAAUAUUAUCGAAUAUUCAUGAGGAAGAUGAGUUUCUAUCCUAUCUUCAUUCAUCUAUAUCCUCUCCCACCGAAGAACUUCGAAUUGCUUAUAAUGUAAAAUUUCAUUGGACAUAUGAUAAUCAGCUUCAAAGUAAUUAUAAACCUGAUUUUUUAUUAAUAAAACAUUUAAUAAAUAAUGAAAAUCGAAUACAAAUAACAAUUGCUGAUGCUAAAUCAUCAUCUCGUAUGCGUAUUGAACAUUGUAUUCAAGUUGCACUUUAUGCUAUUGAUUUACGGAUAUGGAUCGAACGAAAUAAACUUGACGAAUACGUUUUUAUACAUGAUUUUGGAGAAAUAUGGUUACCAAGCGAAAGUGAAUUAAUUCCAUAUGAAAAAAAGAUUUUUCCAAUGACUAAGCUACAAGAAAGAUUAAGACAUUUUCUUAAAUAUGAUCUAGAGAAAAUUCUAACAGGUUCUGAAUGGAUAAUGUUACCACGAUGUUCACUUUGUUCAUAUGCACCUCGUUGUCGUCAAAGAGCUAUUUACUAUGAACCUAAUUCAAUAAAUAACUUAUCAUAUUUACCUUCAUCAGCUCAUUCAUUAAUUUAUUCAUUUUUUCAUUCAACAUGGCUUUCACCAAUUGAUCUUAAACAUCUUUUUGAUCAGUCAAAUCAAGAUGAUCCUUAUUCAGAUGAUAAAAAAAAACUAGAAAGCAUUUUAUCAAUCAAUCCAGAAGAUAAAACAAGUGCUGUUAUCAAAGCUCUUCAGACUCAUGAGCCACAACUAAAACGGCAAACAUCACUUUUAAUACCAAAAAAAAAUAAUGAUUUAAUUCUUUUAUUUUUUUUCUUGAUACCUAAUCCAUCUCAAUUACAUUCUGUAGCACUUUUUGCAUAUAAUAUAUAUGAUACGUUAAAUCAAUCAUGGUUUUCAUCUAAACCAAGUAUUCAAUCAUAUCCAUCACCUUAUCAAAUUGUUUCAAUGAUAAGUCAAUCAUUAGAAUUUAAAUCUCAACGCCCUUGCCAAAUAGUUCUUUUUGAUGAACAAGAAAAAUCAAUUUUAUUUGAACAGCUAACACUUGCAUCGGAUAGUGAAUAUAUUGAUCAAUGUCUUAUAUUAUUAAGUUCAUCAGAAAAUGCUAUUUUACUUGAUUAUCCGCCGGAUGUUAUUCAAACGGAUCGUUUUUUUCGUUCACAUCCAUUAUCGAAUGUAACAAAAGAUGAAAUUGAACAAGAAUUAUAUGAACGUUAUGGAUCAUCUGGUGACAAUAGUAAUAAAAAACCUUCAAAAGUAGAAUUAGCUCAACAAUUAAGACAACUAAACGAAAAAGAACAAGAAAAAGCAAGACAAACUCUUAUUGGUUUACCUUGUCUUAUUUGUUUACAUACAGCUAUUCGACAAUCGUUUGUUGUGCCGAUGCCUGCUUAUUUCGAUUUAGAAGAUCUUAAAUAUUCAUUCAAAAUUGCUUUGCCAUCAUCCAAUCCUAAUGAAUUAUUUGAAUCUAUUCAAAAGCCAGAACAUUUAAAUGUUCUUGUUCGUCUUUAUUCAAUUAUUCAAAACCAUCUUUCUGAAGCAAAUCGCCUUCAAUUAGAUGCCUAUCCGUUACCUAAAAUUACUUCAAUAAAUAGUCCUCAUCCACAUAUUCGUCGUUUAAUAUUUUUACGGCAAUAUGAAAUGUUAUAUUCUUUACGUUCAAUUCAACAAGCACGAUUUGAUAUAAAUGAACCACCGAUUAUUAUUCGAAUCAUAGGUAAAAAAUCGAUUGACAAAUAUAAUCAUUUAUGGGAAUGCCAAAUUGAACGCGGUCAAGAGACAAUUUCAAAAAACUUAACUGAAUAUGUAGCAAACACAAGUGAUUUUCGUACAUAUUCAUAUUUAAUUUCUGAAGAUAUUUAUACAAUCCGAACAUUUCCUGAUGCUAUUUAUAUGGACUUAGCUAUUGAUGGUGUUCCUUCUCGUAGGAAAUUUGACCGAUGUGGUUUAGCUCAUGUUGAGCAAAAAGAAGAAGAAGAAUCAAUAUUUAUUCGUGUUAAGCUCUGUAACCUUUCUCUUGAAAUUAAUCAUCAAUAUUAUUUGAGUGAACGUUAUGUAGAUUUUAAUACUAAAAAGGCUAUACAAGCAUUAGAACAAGCUACUCCGUCCACAAUACAAAUAUUAGAUGACCCAAGGCAAUUAACAAAACCUGAAGCAGUUCAAAAAGCAAGUGAAACAAUGCAACGAGAAAUAUUAAAUAUGUUUUCAAAAAGAGAACCUUCAAUUAAACCGGAACGAUUACAUAUGCUUAAUAGAGCACAACAAUUUGCAUGUGAAAAAGUUAAAAACGAACGUGUGACACUCAUUUGGGGACCUCCAGGCACUGGUAAAACUUUUUGGUUAAGUGUAACUGCUUUUCAAAUGUUAAUGUUUUCGUCUUCUCCAUUAAGUAUAUUAAUCACAGCUUGUACUCAUACAGCCAUUGAUAAUCUUCUUUCAUCAUUAAAUUAUUUAAAAAAAAUUUUUUCUUUAUCACCACAAUUUCCUCAAUGGUAUCAAUUAGCUCAAGGAUUAAUCGUAUUAAAAAUUGAUUCAAAUAAUUAUCGUGAUCUUUCAUCUUUAUAUGGAAAACGUUCUGUAAUUGUUGGUUCCACAGUAUGGACACUACAAAAACUUGAUCGUUCAAUUGUUUUUGAUAUUAUUUUUAUUGAUGAAGCAACACAAGUAUUAACAAGUGAUGCUGUUUUAGCUAUAAAUCGUUUAGCUGAUCAUAAAGAAUCGCGAUUAAUUGUAGCUGGUGAUCCUCUACAAUUACCACCCGUUAAACGUUGUGUUUAUCCAUCUUUACCUCAUCCUAUACCUGAUUUAUUUUCAUCUAUUUUUCACUGUUUAUUACGUGAUGAAAAUAAUAUUCCGAUAUCGUUAUAUACAGAAAAACCAUUUGAACAAAUAUCACGUUGUCCAUAUUUAUCCACUUUUGAUGAAAACCAUCGUAUGAAUGAUGAAUUAUCAGAUUUUACUCGUCUUUUAUAUGGUGAAAAUUAUCGUCAAAGUCGUUCGACACCUUCACUUUCUAUUCGUUCAGUUGAAGAUUCGAACACAUAUCUUCUUGGUUCUCUUCUUCAACCAUAUAGUUCACUUUAUACACUUCUUGUUGACUCAUCAUUAUCUUUAUUUUCAACUCGUAGUGAAGAUCUUGAUCUUGAAUCACAUCUUGUUUAUUCUCUGAUUAAAGAACUUGUUUCACGUAUAUCUCUCUCAUCAAUAUUUAUAAUAACUCCACAUCGAAUGCAACGCUCUGCUAUUCGACAAAAACUAUUAAAAAAUCCAUUUUCAAAUGUUUCAAUAUCAUAUGAUACUGUUGAAAGAAUGCAAGGAAAAGAAGCUGAAUGUGUCAUAAUUUGUAUGCUAUAUAGACAACGUGAAAUGCUUAACAAUGAAUUGGAUUUUAUUUAUAAUCGACAACGUAUUAAUGUUAGUAUAACUCGUGCAAAACAAUUGUGUGUUCUUUUAACAUCACAAUUAUUAUUUAACCAACCACCAUUAGAAUUAUUUGUUAAUGGAAAUACAAGAAAUGCUUAUACUUUAUUAAGUAAUUAUGUUAAUAAAUCGACUAUACGAUUAUUGGAUAAUCAUGGCAAUAUUAAAUAA